AUGAAAAUACUGUGUCUGCUUGUCCUUGUGGGCUGGGUGAGGGAAGGUUUUGCUGCACCAAAGGAAGAUUUGAUCACCAACCUACCAGGUUUGUCAUGGAAACCAAACUUCAGACAGUACUCUGGCUAUCUGCAGGCAUCAGGCAGCAAAAAACUUCACUAUUGGUUUGUGGAGUCAUCCAGUAGGCCACCAACAGAUCCAGUGGUAGUGUGGAUGAAUGGUGGACCAGGAUGUAGCUCGUUAGAUGGGUUCUUGACUGAGCACGGCCCGUUUAGGGUUAAAGAUGAUGGUAACACUUUGGAACCCAACCCUUACUCUUGGAAUCAGAUCACAAACAUGAUUUAUCUGGAGGCCCCAGCUGGAGUUGGGUUUUCUUACUCUGAUGAUAGGAACUACACCACAGAUGAUGAUGAUACGGCAAAGAAUAACCACCUGGCUUUACAAGAUUUCUUCAGGAAGUUUCCAGAAUACAGUAGGAAUGAGUUGUACCUCACCGGAGAGAGUUACGCUGGCAUUUAUGUACCUACACUUGCUUCUCUUGUUUUAGAUGAUCCCAGUCUUAAUAUCAAGGGUUAUGCUGUAGGUAAUGGACUCUCUGACAACAGUAUGAAUGACAACUCCAUUGUCUACUUCACCUAUUACCAUGGCUUGAUUGGAACCAAGGAAUGGUUCCGGAUGUUGCAUGCAUGCUGCCCUGGAAAUGAGACAGAACUGUGGUGUGAUUUUGUUGCUGGGAGCGCAAAGUACCCAGAGUGUCAGAAGGAGAAUGAUAGGAUCUACAAUCUGGUGUGGAACUCUGGGCUGAAUGUGUACAACCUGUACUCUGAGUGCGCCGGAGGUGCCACUAGCCAUAACCUGCGCUUUGAUGCUGACCGGGGCAAGUUUGUUACUAGCAACUUUGGAUGGCCAUUCGCAUUCUUGAAAGACAGAGCUGCAGAACUGAGACAACAACUCAGUAUGAUACCUGCAGACAAACUUGUCUCAUCCCCACCCUGUACAAACGAUACCUCCAUUGUCAAGUACCUCAACAGCCCCAGAACCAGAGAUGCUCUCCAUAUACCUGAUGAUGUACAGGAAUGGGAACUGUGUAGCAACGUUGUAUCUGCCACCUAUAAACGAACAUAUUCAACAGUGGCUCCACAAUAUCAAAAGGCAAUAAACAAAAAGCUUCGUAUCCUGGUCUACAACGGUGACAUAGAUAUGGCUUGUAACUUUCUUGGAGAUGAGUGGUUUGUGGAUUCACUACAUGUUCAGAAUCCUCAAGAAAGGAAACCUUGGUUUUACAAGGCAGAAGAUGGCACAAGACAGGUGGCAGGUUACGUCAAAUCAUUUGAGAGGGUUACAUAUGUUACUCUAAGGGUAAGUUAUCA